GUGGUGGAUAAGAUCAGUUUGUCAAUCAACGGUCCUCUUCACAAUUUUUUAGAUUUAAUUCCGGCCCUCAACCAAAUUUUUAUAAAGUCACAUAAAGUUCCCAAUUUCUAAGCUUCCAGAUACUAGGAAAAUCCACAGCUAUACAAAUUUCUUAAUAACUUCGAAUACGAAGCGAUGCAGUCCACUUCACAAGUCAACCAACGGAUUGCUAGACUCGCAGCUCAUCUUAAUUCUCCUAAUCUUCAGGUGGAGGAGACUUCCGGUUUGAUGAGGGAGAAUUGCAGGGCAAAAGGUGGAUCACCAGGAUUCAAAGUGGCGAUAUUAGGAGCAGCUGGAGGAAUUGGACAACCUCUCGCAAUGUUAAUGAAGAUGAAUCCGUUGGUUUCAGUUCUUCAUUUAUAUGAUGUGGUCAACACUCCCGGCGUUACUGCUGAUAUCAGCCACAUGGACACUGGCGCUGUUGUGCGGGGAUUUUUGGGGCAACAACAAUUGGAGGAUGCCCUUACAGGCAUGGACCUUGUGAUCAUUCCGGCUAGUGUUCCUAGGAAACCUGGAAUGACUAGGGAUGAUUUGUUCAAUGUUAAUGCCGGAAUUGUUAAGACACUCUGUGAAGGAAUAGCAAAAUGCUGCCCAAAAGCUAUUGUCAGCUUGAUUAGUAAUCCUGUUAAUUCUAUAGUUCCAAUUGCGGCUGAGGUUUUCAAGAAAGCUGGCACAUACGAUCCAAACCGGCUUUUGGGAGUCACAAUGCUUGAUGUUGUUAGAGCUAAUACUUUUGUGGCAGAAGUCUUGGGCCGUGAUCCUAGGGAAGUUGAUGUUCCAGUUGUCGGUGGUCAUGCAGGCGUUACCAUUUUACCUCUUCUGUCUCAGGUUAAACCAUCAUGCUCCUUCACCCCCAAAGAAAUUGACUACUUGACAGACCGUAUUCAAUAUGGUGGAAAAAAAGUUGUUGAGGCAAAGGCAGGAACUGGUUCUGCCACACUGUCAAUGGCGUAUGCUGCUGUCAAAUUUGCUAAUGCAUGUCUACGGGCCUUGAGAGGGGAUGCCAAUAUUGUUGAAUGUGCAUAUGUGGCUUCUCAGGUGACUGAACUGCCUUUCUUCGCAUCAAAAGUUCGGCUUGGCCGUAAUGGAGUUGAGGAAAUUUACCCACUUGGCCCCCUCAAUGAGUAUGAGAGAGCUGGCUUGGAAAAGGCGAAGAAAGAGUUGGCAGGAAGUAUUCAGAAAGGCAUUACCUUCAUCAGGAAAUGAGGUGCUAAUCACAGGCAGAAUGAUAUUCAAGCUCUUAAUGUUUGUUUCAUAUAUUUGAGGACUAGUUUCUCUGAAUAAGUGGUGAUGGAAGUGAUUUUUAAUGUGACCCUCACAUCUCAAAAUCACUUAUAUUAGGAUCUGUGUCUGGUGAUAUUCAUGGAAUGAAUCCAUAAAUUAAUGAAAUUAGGAGUUGCCUCUUGUUUCAUUGUUUUGAAAUGUUAAAGGUUUUAGCAAGAGGUGUGAGGGGAAUGCUGUAAAGCCAAUCGACACCAGUGUAUUUUGUAAUCAUAUUUUUAAUUAAUAAUACUUGAUAGUUCAUUAUCUUAA